AUGACCGGGCAAGGGAACAGAGUCGGGCCCUUGCUCCGCGGCUCACUUGUCCCAUUCAGUCACAACACUCCGACCUUGUCCGAACCAGUCGAAGCGGUGGAUCGCUCCGCUAACCGACGGGAAAGCGCCGAUGCUAGCUCCAGGACCCAAUGGACGCACAGUCCAGCUCGGACUCGUGUGAAGAAAUCUAUCGACUUGCUGGAGUCAUGGACCCAGGGAUGGUGUUGGGCUGUGGCAAGACGAGCGACAACGGACGUGCCGCAACAAUGGGGACCAGGUCGCAUGCGUGCUCCUGAUCCGGUGAUGUCACCGAAGCGGGAGCUGAUCGACUGCGCAUUUGACGUCGGCCGUGAUGCAUCUGGAGGUGGGAGAGCAAAAGGCACAGAUGGUUGCGAUUGCGAGAAGCGAAAGCCGCAGCGUAUAUUAGCCUAUAUAACUUAUUAA